AUGCAUUCUGUGUUGGCUACAUUGGCCUCAGCCAUCGCGACAACUCAAGUCCUUGCUGCGUCGAAUGAUGCGGCUACUCCCGAGGACGUUUUGAACUCUAUGAAGGACCUCGACAAGCUGUCCGCUGAUACGCGCUCGCACGCCAAGAAAUUGGACACAUACCUUAGCUGUCGGGCUACGAUCGAGGGGGUUGGGAAGAUAAAUGAUGAAUUGAAGCCAAACUCAAGACGCCAUUCGACGAUAAAGGCCAAAAGGAGAUUUGCUCAGCGGUUCACCGUGUACUUGAAGGGAGGCAUCACAUCCUGCGAGUAUAGCCAUUGGACUUGCGUUAUACGGCAGUUUGAGCACCUCCAAUUCCUCCUCGUUGUCACCCUGAUCAAUGAGCCAAGGAGCAUAGAGAGCGGAGGGUUCGAUGGCUACUUUGAAGACUACUUCACACGACUUAAACCGGCCUUGACCGGGUUCAUCCGACGACUGGCAGACUAUGCCCCCAGCUGUCGAGAUAAAAUAGUUAAGAACAAUGGCCAGCUGAAGCGGGCAUUCGAUGAUGCUAUCAAAAAGAUCAAGCAUCGCUGGGGCGGUCGUAGAGCCAUACCAGUCGACAUUCCUGUCCCCUUGGACUGA